AUAAUGGAGCAAGAAAUAUUUCAAAUUUAAAAUCAAUAAAAGGAUUGAGGAAAUGAGGAUGUGUGGAAGAGUGCAAGUAAGAUGUUUCAUCACCUUCUUUCACAUCCAAACUUUUGAUAUCAUGUACUGCGAAAUAAAAAAUCAAAGUAUGAUGUGCAAAGUACUAACAAAUUGGAUGUAAUUAAUGUAUGACUGCAUAUUAUAUCGCAUCGGCACUGUUACAAGGUUAAGCGAUCAUUAUAAAAAGUACAAGGGACAAGGACGGAUUUUGCUUUGUGUUGUUAUGGGAGUAAAUAUUGUACCAAGCUAUUCGCUUAUUCCCAUGGUUAUCAAGGACAAUGGCAGGGUUUAAUCCUGUGGUGGGUCCAUUUUAAAAUGUAUCGUCUCUAAUCUUUCAGUCCAUGCCAAAAAUCUAAAACGCAGAGAACAGUUGUUUCCAAGAUUUGCAUAGGGAAAGGAAGUUGACUCCACAUUUAAGUUAAGCUGAGUCAGUCUGUUUACGUCAGAGUUCCAGCAAGUCGCCGUUUCCGUUUUAAAAGUUUUUGUUAAAUAAUUGAGUUCGUCGUCCAGUCUAUGAAAGUGUCACAUUGAUGUAAAAUUUUCGUUAGUACCCGUUCAACCAAAUGUCAAUCACAAGUUAAUAAAAAUGUGAAUUUGUUAAAGCUCUAAGUUUUUCGUGAAAGUGAAGUUUCGUCAGUAAGUGCGUUCCGUUGGACCAAUUUUAAUCGUAGAUAUUUCUGUCCAAAUUAAUAUUCAGGUUCAAUUCUAUUCAAUUAUUAUGCCAGAUGUACCAAACCGAAUGCUUGUUUCAAUUUCCCAAAAUGAUGUUACUCCUGACCUAGUGGUCCAACAUGAGCGAAUAAAAUAUUGAAACUUUACAUUGGAAUAGCCAAUCAAUCAAUCUCAACGCACCGUUUGUAAUAAAAGUGUACACAACAAUUAAACUGACGCAUUCUUCCAAAUUUGACUCAAAUCAUAUUUCAAGUAAAGGCGUAUAUGGCAGAAGAUAAAAGGGUUAUCAUAUUUCGAAUGAUAAAGUGAAAAUGAUCUUGGCAUCUUUUAGUGGCUCUUAAAAUAUAAUUUUAAUGAUCCAGGAUAAGUGAAAGCUUCAUCCUACUGUGAGUGUAGGCUGCAUGUAAUGGAAUAGUAAUAAGCGGAAGAUAAAACGAAAACAUGCUCGAGCUAUGGAAGAAGAAAUUUACUACCGCGCAGUAUUCUAUGGAAUAUCGCCGUCCGACAGUAUUCGUGCUUUCACAAUGGCAAACAAGUUCCAAACCAACUUUACUAUAUUUAAUCUAUAAGUGGGCAAUAACCAUAUUUUUUAUUGUCAGUUGGGUGGUGUCGAUCAUUGACAUACCUCAUUUAAAUGAGCCAAAUUUUAAUCACGCAAAGUGGUUAAUAUAUCUUACUAAUUGGGGUUUUACGAUGUGUACGAUACAAUCACUUUUGAGUACCACUAUGGUAACCAUAUGCUAUUCGGUUCCAUCGCACGAUUCUGAAACAUCGACCAGUCAAGAUCAUAAAAUCCUCGGACUAUAUAAAGUCUAUUGGGUUACGAACAUUAUUGCAACAGAUAUAGCGUUUGGAAUCACAAUCGUUUACUGGACUUUACUUUAUGAUGCGAAAUAUGUGCCGUUAAGCGCUGUGAAUAUUAUUGUUCACGCUUUCAACUCUGUGAUAAUGUUCAUCGAAUUAUGCGUAGCAAGGCAUCCCGUACGAUUGAUUCAUUUUUACUGGCCAUUAAUCUUUGGAGGUUGCUACAUUUGUUUUACUAUUAUAUACUACUUUUCGGGAGGAACUGGCAAGGACCAGACGCCGGCAAUUUACCCUAUUUUAAAUUGGAGCAAAGGAGAGAUGACAGCAAUCGUAUGUGUAGUUGUGUGCGUCUUCGUGGUCUUCCUGCACAUUUUGACAUACGGUAUUUUCAAACUUAGAAAGGUCUUCCACAAAAAGUGGUUUCAAGUAAAGGACGAAAGGUUGAGCUUAGAAGUUGGAAAAGAUAAUCCCAUUUCGGUACUACCAAAUGAUUUAGUCUGAAUUUUGUCACUAGAAUAUACCAAGUGUGCCAAUACCAAAGCGUACCUAAUCAAUAUUCCUGCCUAAUAUAGUGUGCAUAGCUUUUGCAGGUUGUAAACUUCAUUUCAGAAGUCCGUGUAGUGGAGGAAUGUGCCAGAGCACAGUCAAAAUUCAAACCGGGCAAAUAGGAAAACCACGCUCGAUAGCAAUAAAGGGGUCUUAGACAAUAAAUAACGAUCAUGGUUUUCUGUUUUAUAUGUACACGGGCGUGCAAAAGUUAGAUAUAAACAAAACAUGACACGUUAUGCAAUAUGCCUAGAGGUGUAUGCAGCAGUCAUGUUAAUAAUUAAUGGUUCUGCCAAGAUGUCCAACGUAAAAGUAAGUACAAAUCAUUAGAAUCGCAUUCCAUGAAUUUAUGCAAGUGGAUGAAGUAUAAUUAUUUAUAAUUAACACGUAUAAUCACUGUUCUUAGGUAAUUAUUAAAAUCUAUGAAUAAACACGUACCGAAACCCCAAAGUAUGUUUAAAUGGUGCGCUACUGGAAUAUAGCGGUAAUCAUAUUCCUCCACUGCACGGGCAUCUGAAAUUAAGUUUUAGUAAAUUACCUAAGAUAAUGUGGAAAAACUGAACACAAUGGGCGAUUUUUCCAACGCCUAAUAUGCGUUUAGUAUCAUGGAUAAGGGAUUAUGGGUCAUGGCUGAUGUGACAUUCCUUUUUAUAUGAUUACCACUAAACUGUAUGUAACGUGUAUUUUUAAUACACUUAGCAAAUUUGUAUAAAUUUCUUUAUUAAUAAAAAAAGAUUUUUA